AUGUCGCGCUCCGAAAUCAAAGAGCGCUUGGAUGCUGUGUAUGGUGACUCUUCUCCUUCGAUGGCGACCGUCAAAAAUUGGUUCAAUGAAUUUCAACGUGGUCGCAUAUCCGUUUUUGAUGAGUCACGCCCAGACCGCCGAUUGAACGUGCGCGAGAUAGCCGAUACAGUGGGCAUCUCAAAAGACCGCGUGGGCUAUAUCCUGCACGAAGUUUUGGGGAUAAGAAAGCUGUCGGCGCGAUGGGAGUUUUUGCGCCGUUUUGUGGCCGUUGACGAAACGUGGAUCCACUGGUAUACACUAGAGACCAAGGAACAGUCGAAACAGUGGACUUCACCUGGCGAAUGUGCUCCGAAGAAGGCGAAGACAGUGAUAUCGGCCGAUAAGGUGAUGGCCACUGUUUUCUGGGACUCACAAGGUGUGGUUCUCGUAUGA